AUGAUGGUUUCCAGUGUGGCUGCUUUGCUCACCGGCGUUCUCGCCUUCACCUCCCCCCUCACGGCCAACGGCUUUGUCCUCCCCACCUCCGACACCCUCCAGGCUUUCCUGGGACAAGCCGAGAACUUGAUCCCAAAUCUCCCUGUGGUGCCUACUGAAGAUGAAGGUAUCCAAGCCCGUCCAUCAUGGUUCAUGUCGACUUUGAUGGCCCGUCGCCUUCUCGCCUUGGCUCCCUCUGGCGUCAUCACCACCAACUUUCCCCACUCGAUCCCUCCCUCCGCCCAUGCUCCCUCCGAUCUUGCUGGUCAGUCUAUUGGGCUUCGAGAGUAUAUAGCCGACUGUGCAGGCUCUUUGCCCUCUGAUUUGUCCCACGACGACAACGGUGAUCCGACGGUCCUUGGACUUCGUAUUGGAACCACAUUCAGGAAUAUCGCCGCGGGAUCCAACCUCAGUCUUCAGCUUGACUGGUGGGAUCAUCUUGAUGAGGCCGGCCCCGUUUAUCCUGGUCUGCCCUUGAGUCCGGCUGCUCUGCCCCGCGUCACCCUCUUUGGGUAUUUGGAUACUCUUCCAGCCCCCCUUCCCGAUGACGCCGCGGCAGCCCUUGAAAGAUGUUUCUUGGAGCCUCAUCCCGAUGCUAAGGUUUGGCUUCCGGGUGCUUCCUACUCGCCGCACGCGAGUUUCUGGGCGCGGUUGGUGGUGACCCAUGUCUACUGGAUCGGGGGAUUUGGGGAUGUGCAGCAGAUUGGCUGGAUGAAUGUUACCGAGUGGAAGGGCAUCCGACCCCACAACAGCGUAGAGGGCGUAGGUGACGGUCGAGGCUGGCAAGAUGUACGAUUACCGGGAGAGAAGCACUAA